UGUCACAGUCCCUCUGGUACGACGAAAUGUAUACGCAGUGCAGUUUACAUAGUGUGGAUAUAGAAAGUAUAGUAUGGGUGCUUCGGUAAGGACAAUAAUUUUUCCUUUCUAAGAGGUGUGUCAUAUGCUAACUCCUACACAAACCUUAACAACAGCUCCUCUUCUGAUAUGGCGUCACUGCAUUUUAGUGGGGCAGCCUCCGCCGAACAAAUCGAGAUGACAGACAGAGGCAGGCGCAUGUUCAUAUCAGAUGAACAGAUCGGUCAGAAGGACGGAAAUGCCAAGAACAAUUCCUCUCGAAGAGCAUGGUUCCUUGUCAGCAUUAUAACAAUGAUUUCAGCAGUGACUGUCCUUGUCAUCCUCGGGAUAAUAUAUUUACCGGAACCGACCAAUCAUCCACCUCCUAGAGGUUCAGAACCAUUGCCAUUCUGUGCUGGAACCAUAACCCUAAAUGCUUCCACUUCUGCGCAGUCCGACUGUUCAAGCCUCGCAGCAAGUGUUAUCUUUGACAUUUCUAAAGUGAGGUUGUACUUUCCUGGCAAUAAGACAACAUUUAAUUCAAGUCUACGUCUGUCUGAUUCCUUCAAUAUCACUUUGGCCGGGCUAUGGACUAUCAGAUGGUCAACUGUUACAGAAAAACUAACAGUGUCACCACUUCUUGGAAAUUUGACUUGUAACACACAAGGAACGUAUUUAUUUGAGUACCUCAACAAUUUAGAAGGCCUUGUAUACUACCAAACGUUCUCACUUACUUAUCUGGGCAAUUUGGAUGAUGUACGUGUAUCUGCUCAACCGUACUUGAAAGAAAAUGGCGUCAACAAAUCCGUACACCUCUCAUGUUCAAUGCAAACGGGAUGUCGCCACGGUGUUCUCGUACCGGAACUAAAAAAGGGAGAAGAUACUUUAUUUAUUCAUGACGCGUCUUGUUCUUACUCGUUCAAUAUUUAUAAAGGAGGAGAGGUUGUAUGUACAACGGAUAUCGACGCAGACAUCUGGAUGUCAAAAGAUGAAGUCAUAUGUUCCCUGAAGCCAAAUGACGGGGUGCACCAACUAGCCAAGGCUGGACAAAUGGACACUAAAAGCGCAGACCUAUUAAAUUAUUGCACUUUGGUAUCCUUCGCGAUCGGCGAGCCUGGGUACAUCAACUGCAAGAAGAGAAUAAAUGGAGAUAUGAAUAUCGCUCUGGAGAGGAAGAGUUACUACUUUGGUGACUGGUCAACGUUGCUGACCAUUUACGGCGAAGGAAGCGGGAAAGCCCUCAAUGGUCGCCUUACGUUUACUGCCAUGAAAAAUGCACACAUUAUGGAAAUCAAUAUUACUAUAGCGGAGGUCCACUGCGGCGACAAAGGACAUAUGACCUUAAACUAUUCAGACGGCUCGCGCACCAAUAUCGAAAUCGAGGUAACAUCAGCGGUGCCACCAAGUUGUCCCGGAUCUGAGACUAAAUCACUUCACGCUGAAAACAACUUUAUACUAUUUUGCGCAUGGUGUCCUGGUCAUGACGUCGAAGAAGUUCUCGUGAACCAUACCAAGACGGAAAAUGGCGUUGGAACAAUGCUACCAUCGUUCCCAAUCACAUUUUUUGUGGAUUCUAAAACGGCACAUAAAGAGCAGAAUUUGACAAUACAAUUUACCCAGCAGUAUGGUGUGAUGCGAGUGGAUAUCACCCGAUUAAAAGGAGUUGGCUGUAACUAUGGAGGCGAUUACUCCAUAACUCUCCGCUCACCAGGAGAGUCGUCAAACAGAAACAUACAUGUUAACAUCACAAUCCCCCAAAGUCUGUAUACGUAUUCCAUGACCGACACUCCUGUGAUAGCCGGAAGAGAUCUAGAUGUUGAAUUCAAGGGAUUCAUGGGUUGUUCUGUGUCUAAUGUCAUUGCAAAGCAGGACGGUGUUUCACUUCUGGCGAGCGCAGUGACGGUUGCUGACGAGGACAUCAGGGAUGCACUAGCGUUCAAGAUCGUUUGGUCAUAUAAACCGGUGGACCUUGCCUUACAUACCACAGUUAUCAAUGCAUCCGUGUCAUUUCUUCCACUGGGAGAUACAACUCGUAGUUACACUGAAUCUAAGAGGUUUGAUGUAUUAGAAGAUUCCUAUUGUGAUAACUUUGCAUCGUGUAACGUCGCACACCCGUCCGUCUUCGGCCUGUACAUUGCGUGUAACUCUGCUAGUCUUAUUCAAGCAGUGAACAAAUGUCCAGCUGGCAUGAGUCUUAUCUACCCGGAUCCAAACAACUGCUUAGGACAAUGUGGAUAACGUACAUGUGUUUUUAUCCGAGUGACCACUUUUCGCAGUAUUAUUAUUUUAGGUUGUUUUUUUAACGUUAUUCACCCGUUUAACCAUACCCUAUAUUUUUGUGGAACGCUAGCGGUACCAUAUAUAUUGAGCACAAUUGUCAACCUGGAUUAUUUCCAGAUCCAGCCAACUGCCUAGGACACAUGAAAUAUAGUGAUUUGAAUUGAAUGUUUGUUUUUAAAUUUUGUUGUUGUUGUUAAAUCAAAAAUCAA